AUGCAAAUCUUCAAUGCUAGUGCCGUACUCAACGUAGGCCGUCUCACAUAUAACCCAAGUCUCUGCUUACCGCACUUGACGGUGACAUCUUUUGAUAAGCUCAUAAUUCCAUUCAAAAUCCCUGGUCAUGAACAUGCCACUAUCAGAGGAGUCGUGUUGGACAAGGACAACUGCUUUGCGAAGGAUAAGGAUGACAAAGUGUGGCCAGCUUACAGUGAUAUCUGGACAAAACUUCAAGAAACAUAUCCAAAGGAACAUUUGCUUAUUGUUUCCAAUUCUGCCGGCACCAACGACGAUGGGAACUAUGAACAAGCAGAGAAACUUGAACGUGACACGGGCGUUACUGUGCUCAGGCACCCUACGAAGAAACCAGGGUGUCAUGAGGAGAUCAUGGCGUAUUUCGCAAAACACGGGAUUCACAAGCCAAGUGAAAUUGUUGUCAUUGGAGACCGCUUGUUUACAGACAUGCUCAUGGCGAACAUGAUGGGAGCGUGGGGGAUUUGGCUUAGUGAGGGCGUAGAGCUUUCGAAUAAAAUCUGGUGUAAAAUGGAAAGAGGGUUGUACGACAGGUUGGUCAAGUCAAGAGAUCUGCCAUUAUCACCGCCCACGCCGGGAGUCGAUCAAUCUGAGGAAUCAAAGCUUUAA